AUGUGCAAAUUUAUUACGACUUUAGAUGGAAUACCUUGGAUUUCUCAUAUCCAAAUUGAUUUUAGGAAAAAGGCAAUCGUUUGGGUUGAGACUUUUUAUCGUGAUUUUUAUAGCUCUGCUACCUCAGUAAUCCAAUUUAGCGCACAUGAGGCAAAAACGCCUUUUUUAACUGGAUUACGCCUUCAAGCUCAACAUAAAAGAUCUUUUGAUUAUAUACCCUGA